AUGAAGGCAACUAAUGGUGGUAAACUGCUUGGCAGCCUGCCAAGAAACGACAAUACGCAACAACGUUACGCUUGGAGGAACAUUUGUCCAGCAAGUUUUCAACAAGAAGCCAAAUUGUCUAAAUCAGUAACAACCCGUAUUUUUCCGGACACGGUUUGGGUUCGGAAACCUGUGAUCACCGCACGAAACAAAAUCUGGUUCCCACACAGAGGCUGUAAGAAUCUUCUUCUUCCGCGUCGUGUACAUGACUGUCAGGAACCAGCAAAUAAAUAUAUAAACGCAACUGUAAACUCGUUAUCUAAGGAACCAAUCAAGAUUGGAACAUCCGUGGACACAGGAAUGGAAGAGUUUUCAAAUAAUCUACCAGGUUGCGAUGCGGAUCUUAACGUGAAUGUCUAGAGGGUUACAAGCAAUAUGUUUGACACAGAAAAUGGUAAAUUGAUAAAAGAAAAAAAAUACAUAGGUUUCAAGGUUGUAUUUAUAACUAUAUAAAAGAUGCUGAAGAUGAACUGGAGAGUGAUCAAGUCAAUAAAGACGCUGCUGUCAAUAACGAAACGGAGGAUGGUAAUACUCUUGCAGUAAAUAACGAAACGGAUAUUACACGUUUAAACAAACAAGACACGGAUGAUAUAUCUAACAAAGAAAAAAGAAAUGAACUAUCAUUUAGUAUAUGCACUGAUGACAUAGACUAUAGUAUUGAAAAGUUGGCCAAUAAUUUAACACAUCAUGCAUUUUGGAAAUACAACAAAAACAAUAAUUCCCUGUGUGACAAUAACGCUCGUAAUUUGCUAGCAAGCGUUGCCCCGAC